AUGAGAGGACAGAACAGUGGACUUCAAGCUCUAAUUAAAGAAAAAUGUCCAUCAGCCACUUAUAUUUGGUGCACUGCUCAUAGACUAAAUUUAAUAGUAGUUAAAGCAGUAAGUAGUAGUUUGGACGCUGUAGAUUUAUUCGGAAAUAUGGAGACAUUGUAUAAUUUUAUUUGUGGUAGUAAGAAACGAGUUGCUUACUAUGAAAAAGUACAAAAUGAAUAUUCGACAGGACAAAGAGGACGUCGAUUGAAAAGAGUUUCCACAACUAGAUGGACUUCUCAAGAUCAAGCUCUUCAAGCUAUUUUAGAAACGUUUGGCUCUGUGAUUGAUACACUGGAAUAUUCAAGAAAUACUGAAGGCCGCGAGGAUCAAUGUGUUGGUCAUAUGGCUGGAUGCCUAUUAAAUUAUCUUUUGUCUAAACGAUUUAUAAUGACUGCAAUGUGGUUCCAAAAGAUAUUCAAUGUAUUGUCACCUCUAAGUACCUUAUUACAAACUAGAGAUUUAGAUAUUUUAGCAGGAGUUAAUUCUAUAAAUGAUGCUAAAAAUUUAAUACAAGAACUCAGAAAAAAUGAUUCUAUUAUGGAAUACUUAAUCAAGGAAGUCAAUAUUUUCAUAAAAGAAAAUGAUGGUUUUGAAUUUUCUGAAUUUAAAACCACCCGCAUAAGAAGAAAGAAAAAAAUGUCGAAUGAAGAAAAUGUUGAUGAAUGUAUCAAAGACCCCAUUGAGAAAUUUAAAGUAGAAACUGUCUUAGGUUCCUUAGAUAUAAUACUUAGUAAUCUUAAUCAGUAUUUUAAUGAUACCACAAUUGGAGUUAUGAAAGAUUUGGCACUUUUCAUGUUUUGCAAAGUUUACGGAACGUUUGUUGAUCAAGAAACAUUAAAAGCAGAGUUCCUUAAAUUUUGUAAUGUGUAUGAAUUAUUUGAGAAAACAACUAUUCUACCUGAACAUUUUCACGUUUCUGACAAAAGUGAUACAGAAAGCAUUAGUUCAUUUGAAGAGGAGACUGAUCAAGAACAGGAAUUUGAGUUACCUAAGCGCAAGCAAAUAAAUCCAAUAAAUAUCGGUAGCUUGAAAACUAUUUUCAAAGUGUUCCAAAAUGGUGGUUUGGGAAAUACAUUUCCAUCACUAGAUGAAUCAUCUAUGAAUCAACAAUUCCAUUAUCUAGUGCUUCUACAGAAAGCUAGAUUGGAAGACCUUAUGGUCAUAAGUUGUGAACAAGAUAUUGUUGAUGAAAUGGAUCAUGAAGAAAUUCUCCACAAGUUUGCAGCCAAUAGCAUUACAUUAACAAAAUAUUUAAUUUAA